GACAGUUUCCUUUUCUUACAAAAUAUAAACAUUUCAAAGAUGAAUACCAUUCCCGUUGAUGUACAACAAAUGUUGAUUAAACUUGGACUAAAGAAAAUUUUGCAGUUUUUCAAGCAAGUUGCAAGAGGUGUCUAUGAUGAAGAAAUCGAUAACGAGAUCCGGCAAAGAAACCGAGUCGUAACCUUUGCUUCCCCUUUGGAGGUGGCUGAAGGCCUUUUAGACACUGCCGAAUUUUUACCCGACAAUACAUCGCCUGUUAUUUAUUCGACCACCACACCUCCCCCUUCCCCUACUGCUACACCUAACACUGCCACUUCCUCCAACGCCACCAUUGACUCUCCUCCUACUGCCACACCUGUCACCGCACAUGCCCUUACACCAACCACCACACCAAUCACCACACUUGCCCUUGUACCUUCCACCACCGCUACACCUACGACCACGUCUACCAUGUAUGAGUCUCUUGAUGAAAUAAUCGAGUCCACCAUGUCUGAGUCUCUUGAUGAAACAAUCGAUAACGUUUCUGUUGUAGCUGUGGUUGCGGUGACUAAACUCCCUGAUUAUGCUGAAGUCGAAGAGUCAAUCCGGUUCUUUGCUGCGCAACCUCCAAAAAUGGUAUCACUGACGAUGGUCGUGUGUGGGUCAACCGAUUGUGGCGGAGCUUAUGACAUGUACAAAAGGUGUAAUGAUCAGCAUUUGUCAGUUAAUAUCAUAAGGUGGGUAUCUGCUAUUAUGUACGCUAAACAUUAUGAUGCUCUUAGUAGAAGAGAACAAAAAGUAUAUCGUAUGGCGGAGGUCUCCCAUAUCUCUGUUGAUCAGCAGUAUAAGAUAAUGUUGCUUGGUCGUAGAGGGUUGAAAGUACUUUCUAUUUUUCAAUUUAGUGGAUUUGGAUUGCUGUCAAAGUACAGCUGCGAUAAGCUAAUCAAGAUUCGGGAACCAGCUUGGGAAAAGGAACUGGAUCUUUUUCAGCAAGGAACUCCAAUGCUGGAGAAAUUGAGGACCUGCGCUUUCCACCCGGAAUGGAUUGCCCAAAUCCGGUCGGUUGGUCCCCAAUUGGGAUUAACCAAUACCGGAGAGCUUGUGUCUUCGUUAGGUGAAGAGGUUGUAUCGGGGGAGAGAGAAAGACGUCUCACCCUUUACAAGCGUCCAUGCCCAUUUGCGGACGCUAACGCAAAGAGACUGAAAUAA